AGACAGGGGAGGGUAAGGUUGGAGGGUUGGUGGGCAGGCUGAGGGUGGCAGUGUCUGUGUGCAGGAGAGAUGGCCAGGAUGAUGUGGGGCAGACUAGUACCUUGGCUGUGCUUGGUAUGUCUGGGCCCUUGGCUCGGUGCAGCAUGCCCCCCAGGCAGCCGUGCAUGUGAGAAUGCUACCUUCUCCUCUUUGGAUGCCUGGAUCUGCUCCCUGAUUGGUUCUCUGCUGGUGGGCUUCAGUGGCGUACUCCCCCUUCUGGUAAUUCCUAUUGAAGCAGGUGCAUCUCUCAAGUCUGAAGGAGGCUCCAAAAAAUUGAAACAACUGUUAAGCUUUGCCAUUGGUGGAUUACUGGGCGAUGUGUUUGUGCACCUUCUGCCGGAGGCUUGGGCGUACACAUGCAGUGCGACCACAGGCAGUUCCCAGUCUCUGCAGCAGCAGAAGCUCCUGGGGCUUUGGGUCAUCAUUGGCUUUCUCACUUUCCUAAUUCUGGAGAAGACCUUUUCCGAUGAGGAAUCCGAGCAGCAGCCGCAGCUGGGCACCAAUCCCAAACCAAACAAGACACCGGUGAAUCUGUUGAAUGGAAAACAUGACACGGUUAAAAAAAGGAAUGAUGAAGAACGGAACAGCCACAUCAAAGUCAGUGGCUAUCUUAACCUGUUGGCAAACACUAUUGAUAAUUUCACCCAUGGCAUGGCGGUAGCCGGCGGUUUCUUGGUCAGUAAAAAGGUGGGGGUCCUGACAACCAUCGCUAUUCUGUUACAUGAGAUUCCCCAUGAGGUCGGGGAUUUUGCCAUCCUGCUCCGUGCUGGGUUUGACCGUUGGAGUGCUGCUAAGAUGCAGUUGACAACCGCAAUGGGUGGAAUACUGGGAGCAGGCUUCGCCGUCUGUGCUCAGUCACCCAAGGGGACAGGAGAAACCGUGGCUUGGAUUCUCCCCUUCACAUCGGGGGGGUUCCUGUACAUUGCAUUGGUGACAGUCCUGCCAGACCUUUUAGAGGAGAAGAAUGCACGAAAUUCCGUGAUCCAGAUUUUCCUUAUAAGCUGCGGCAUCGCUGUGAUGACAGUGCUAUCAUUAAUCGUAGAAUGACAAAGGCUUUCUACCACCCAUCAUGGUCAAGAGAACUUUCCUGGAAUUUUCAAUUAGAGUCCAGUUUAAUUCCAAGGAGUAGCAACACUCGGGGGAGUUUCACCACUGCACGCACUCUUUAGUGCACUGACCCUCAUGCUAGAAUCAUUACCGAACUGGUACUCACUGAGGAAAUACAUUUCACAGGACAGGAAGGAACGAAUGGGACAGGGCAGUAAACUGCCACAAAGGGCAAAUACCCUUUUUUGUUACAAUCACUUCUCUCCUUGUAAUGUUUUUAUUUAUGUGUCUGUUGAUUGGGUAUUGUCUAUGUAUGUAUGCCUUCCUGUCCUUUGUCGCACUUACCCUCCGGAGUGUAUGGAGGAAUUCUGUAUUUCCUUUGCUUUACCCGCUGAGAUCUGCCUGCAACCCCUUACUACUUUUAUGCCUGUGUCUCUUUAUGUUUUCUGUGUUGUUUUUACCAAUGUUUGUCUCUAAGACAUUCCCUUGUGGUCGCCACUCCGUACCCUGCUCUGUACAUCUGUGACCCGUUCAAGAUCAGGAAUAAGAUCUCGCAUGUAGUAUUAGCUUGCCAGUUUAAACAGAGGAUAGUAAGUAAUUGCUAGUGAGAGGGAGACAACAAAAAAAUCAUUAUAUUUACCUGACUUUCUUUUUAUUUUUUUUAUCUGUUACUAUAGCUGCCAGGCCUCUGUCUUAUCGCACAAACCUGACUGUAGCAAUGGUAGUUAACUGUUACAUAUUUAUACCUAGAUAUUUCAGAACCACUGCUGUCUAUUAAAAAAAGAAAACAAUAGUUUAUUUACUAAGGUGUGCUUAGUGGAGGGACAACUUAGAUCUAACAGAACCUUCCUGUGCUUAAUACAUCUUCCGCAGCAUUGGAUUGGAUCGCCGUUUUGUUUGCAGUGCAGUGAUAGAUAAUCUUGGUGUUCCAGAUAUUUCAAACUCAUUUUCACAACAUACUCGGCCAUCUUUCGGAUGUCCAUGCAUCAUGGGUAAAGUAAUUGCAAAAUUAUCUAUGGUGCCACUUGGCUAUCACUGGUAUAGGGGCGCAUUGAGAACAAAACAAAGGGUUCUGAAAAUAGCACUGCAGUCGAGAUGUUUCCCUGGGUAGAAAUGCUGUACCAAAUUUGCAGAAGCAACCGGUUUGGCAAUCUACUUUGGAUGAAACAUCUGGAUAGAAGGUUUGAAAAUGGAGAGGCAUAGAGUCAUAUUUUUGAAAAGCUACUUUUAAAUGUCAGUCCUUUAGAAAAGAAUAUAUUUUAUUAAAAGAGCAAUAAGAACAGGGUGCUAUUUACAAAUUGGGAGUCUUUCUACAGUAUCCAAGCUGAACUGUAUCCUCCGAGAGUUGCUACAGUGACUUUGGUAGAAAGAUAUAUUGUAUACUUUUGCAUACCAGUCAGACACAAAGCCAAGGUCAUCACCACCCACAUAAAGUUAUACGUACUUCAUUCAGUUGUCUGCGCUCUCAUCAUGGAGUCGAAGGAGAAAGACCCCCACCUGUCAGAUAACAAGGGUCUGCGUGACUAUUUCUGUACACGAAACUAGUAGAAAUUUGGUUUUUAUAAGGAUCAGAGUAGAUCUUAUUUUGCAUACCUCUUUAUGAACACUAUGUUGAGAGAGUUUUAUUAUAUUCUUUAUCUUUUGCAUGAAGUCUUAAAUAAAAAAAAGUUUCUAUUUAUUUCAUUAACAGAA